AACUUACAGGCAGACACCUUCACUUGACUGUGAUUGUUUGAACCUGCCUCUGUGUGCGGCAUCCUCACAAUAGCUGUAUACGAGCGUCGGACUGUCGUCGGAACUGUCAUCGGCUUAGCUGCGUUUACACUAUUCAGAUCAAAAUACUAUUGUCUAGAGACACUUGUACUGUCUCAAUAUCCAUUGUCCCCCCGGCAUCAAUCUUGGGCAGUGCGUGUGCUGGCGCUUCUGAGGCUACCUACAUCCAAUACUCGGAGUAUACCCGGCUCGGUGGACCAACUGCCCCACCACUUUCCCGGAAUCCGUUGAGCAAUUCGACACAGCUCCUUGCUGCCUCAAAGGAGUAACCCGGGUGUGGACUUUCCUUUUCUUCCCUUCCGAAGCAACCCGGCUAGCCAGAAUGUCGGACGAGUUGAAGAGACAGGGCGACAAAGCCUACAAGGAGGGUAACUACACCGAUGCGGAGAACUACUAUUCACAAGCGAUCACAAAGAACCCUCGCGAGGCAGCCUACUUUGCAAACCGCGCCAUCACGCGAUCAAAGCUGGAGAAUUGGGCCGGCGCCGAACACGAUGCGCGCGCCGCCAUUGAACUCUACGGACAAAAGUCGCCGUUCAGCCUGAAGAGUUGCAACUACCUUGCGCAGGCGCUCCUGAACCUCCAACGGCCGCAGGAAGCGUACGAUGUCGCCAUCGAUGCAUAUCGCGCGAGCCUGGCCGUGAGAAACACCGAUCUGCCAGGCAAGAAACCCCCAAGCCAAACGGAGAACUUGUCGAAGACCGUGCUGCGCGCUAAGCAGCAGAUCUGGGCCGCCAAGGAGUCUGCUCGCCUGCGUGAGAUGAACCAGACUCUGGCGAUGAUGGAGCAGCUGGUCGAAGCGGACUUGAACCGUGCGUUAGGCGAUCUGCAGAGACAGCUGGAUCAGGGUGAGAUUGGGCAGACAGGGUUCUUGGAGAGCCAGAAAGAGCUGCGAGAGGAUGCGGAGAAAAACAUCCAGAACCUGAGAGAGGCGUUCCGUAUUGCAUCCAAGGGCGAAAUUCAAGAACGGAUCGUCCCUGACUACCUCGUUGACCCAAUCACCUUUGAGAUCAUGCAUGACCCAGUCAUUGUGCCGUCGGGCACUAGUUUUGACCGAAUCGGGAUACUCAAGUACGUUGAGCAAUCCGGCGUGGACCCGAUUACGCGGACGCCAAUGACGGUGAACGACCUACGUCCGAACUACGCACUAAAAGCAGCGUGCGAGGACUUUUUGACAAAGAACGGCUGGGCUGUCGACUGGUAGUAUCUGCUUGUCUAAUCUUCAUAUAAUUUUUCUUUCAACUUGUAUAUCUUGAGUAUCUUUCUGGCUGUUUUGCAUCACUGGCGUUGGUGGAUUUGGAUGCAUGACAUGCAGCAUCUUUAACUAUAUACUGACGGGCUUUAUUCUAUAUCAUGAUAGAACAUGAGAUUAGGAUAACCACAU